AAAGGCAUCGAGAAAUUGGUCGAGAAGGAAGGAUCACGGAAAAAAGCGAUCUUUUCCAUGGCGACCACAACGAGGAGACACGACGACCAAAGCGGAGAGCGAGAAUUAAUCGUUUGAAAUCUGUUAAAAACGACACCUCGGCCAAAUUGAAUAAGCUGGUGUGAAAUAAAGGGAAACCGGUUUGCUCCGGGAUGCCGAUCGUGGAGAAUCCAAAGCCAAAGCUGUUUGUCUCGGUUUGAACUCAUCUCAAUAAAUAUUACUCAACCAUAAUGGCCGUUCCCUGUCUGGACAAAGUCCCAGAAUCGUGCGAUGAUUUUCUAUCUGAAAUGGACCCACACUUCCAACAGCACGCCCUGAUCCACCUUCGUGAGGACCCAGAAAUUCGUCAACAAAUGAUAGCCCAGCUUCGAGAUUGGAUUGUCAAGCAUCCACGAAUCAAAAACGUUCGAACCGAUGCCAUCUUCCUGUUGAAAUUUCUCCGUGCAAAAAAGUACAACUUUAUCAACGUCACCCAUUUACUGGAGCGCUAUCUUGCUUCCAAAAUACUGCAUCGGGAUUGGUUCGGUCGCUUGGACAUUGAGGAUCCGGAUCUAAGUGCACUGGUUGACACAGGAUAUCUGUUUCUACUGCCGGAACGGGACAGCAAAGGUCGCACCCUAUGGUUUAGCACCACUUUCGAAUUAGAUCCCACCAGGUUCACUGCUCGGCAUGCGUGUCGACUCCACAUGAUGACUGCCGAACUGUGUGCCGAAUCAAACGAGUUUCUCUGUGCAGGGUUUAUUCUGGUGUGCGACUUUUCGAAUAUCACAUUGGCCCAUCUGAACAUACUGUCGAUAAGUGAAAUUCGAUUGCUUUCCAAAGUGGCCAACAAUUCGAUUCCCAUGAGAGCCCAAGAAGUGCACUUUGUAAACGUUCCGAGUGCUGGAUUGACGAUCGCUAACUUGGCUCUGCAGUUGGCCACUGAGAAUCUUCGGAAUAGAACAUUUUUUCACAAAAAUUGGGAAGAGUUAUACCAGGUUGUGGAUAAAAACCUGUUACCGAAAGAGUGCGGUGGAAAAGUUGCCAAGGCAGAGUUGAUUAAAUCCUUCAAGGAGCGCUGCAAAGAGAUGCGACCGUUGUUGAUGGCGUAUGACGAGAUGGACAUGGAGAUUGCUAACGAUGUGGAACUAGGGAUCAAUGACAAAAGUGAUCAACUGGAGCUUGGAGCGAUUGGUACAUUUCGAAAGUUACAAGUAGAUUAAACCAAGAUGAUGCUGAUGAGGGAACUCUGCGCAGUUUGCAAAAAAUAGCAAUUCAUAUGGUAAUGUUGAGUUUUAUUCAUAUAGGCGUCGGGGUUCAUCUGAUAGACGAACCUUUUUUUUUUUCUUCGUUGACUAUUUGCUAUUUCUAAAGCGACUUCCAGUUUACGGAGAAUACGUUUUAAAGAAAGAGUUGGUUUGUGGACAUGCCGUCCAAAAGCAAUAUUUACACAGAUACAUAGAUAGACA